AUGACAUUAACAGUUAAAUAUAAUUGUAAUAAAAUUGUAGAAAAUAAACAAGUACAAAAGUAGAAAAAGAAAUAUUUUAACUAUCGUUAAGAACAUACGUAACAGAAUACAGCGUAACAAACGAAUAUUCUUAUAUAAUAUUAAUUUAAGAAUCUCUAUGAUUGUCGCAGAACGAACAAUGUUGCAUAACAUUAAUUUAAAAUUCUCUGGGAUAUAAAUUUAAAAAAUUAAUCUAGCCAGAAACCUUCGCUGUAUACUUGUUACAAACAAAACUCCGACGAAUAUGAAAUAUCCAGAAAAUAAUGAACGUUUCGUUACAGGAAUAGCUCUCACUUCACGUCCAUCGAGAGUACGGUGACGAAUCCAGGAAACAUCGCCGACGCCAUCUUGACCGAUCGGGACAGCAUCCUUUACAUACACGGAUUCAUGGAGAACACGGAAGCGGAGAACGUUCGGGUAAUAAUUAGAGCUUAUCUGGACAAGGGAGACGUGAACGUCAUCCUGCUCGAUUGGGGGGACAUAGCGUAUCACAUUAAUUACGUUUACGUGGCGAGUCAAGUAGCUGCGAUAGGCAAAGUAGUUGCUGAAUCUUUAAAUCAGCUGAUCGAGCUGAUCGAUUUAGACACUUUGCACGUGAUCGGACAUUCAUUGGGUGCCCACAUAGCUGGCAAUGUUGGGAGAUUCGCGAAUAUCAGUCGAAUAACCGGUUUAGAUCCAGCAUUUCCGUUGUUUUAUCCGUCUGCGUGUCACAUCAGAUCGACCGAUGCCGAGGUCGUUGUUAUCCUUCACACUGAUGGUGGAUUUUAUGGGGCGGCUAUCAACACGGGUACUGUUGACUUUUACGCAAACAAGGGGAUCAGCGUGCAACCGGGUUGUCCUAUAAUCUUCGGUGCAGAAUUGUGCAGUCAUCAAAGAUCUGUCGCGAUAUACGCAGAGUCCCUAAACAAUCCGAAGGCAUUUCCGGCGCACAAGUGUUUUGACAAGAUCGCAGACGUCGAGGAAGUCUAUUUCGGAGAUUCAACCCCAAAGAACAUAUACGGAGCAUAUUGUUUCAAUACCAACGCCAAGUCUCCAUAUGGCAAAAGUGUUUCAAAUUCUCGUUCCUUAGUAAGUGAAGUGGAAUACUGAAUACGAUAUAGAAAAUUUCUCUCCGUUGUGUCUUGUUAUUG